ACUAGGACUGACAGAAUAUGUUAUUGUCUACAGUGCUUUGUUCACAAUAGACUUUAUUUGAAUGGGGUAACAUUUUAAAGAUCUCUGCUUAUCUGUGGUUCUGAUGUUCUUGCCUGGCCAUAACUGGUAAGAAACUAGCUAUGCACAGAAGGAAAGGCUGAGCAACACAGGUAAGGAGAAUAUCCACAAAAUGCAAGGCAUUUCAUACUAGAGCAACUGAAAAGAUUGAGAGACUGAAUUCAACAUAUUUCUGCAGUGCACAUCAUACACACAUACGUAUAUGCACAACUGGAGAAUGAGUGCCUCACAAUUCAGCAGUGAAUAUGAUUCCCAACACAAACAUAAAACUGGGAAUGAGUACCCUGUACUUUUGUAGUGCAGCUCUCAUAUGUAUACUGCAUACACACAUAAUCACAUGCCUCACACAUUAGCAGUGAGCAUGAUACACACAGACAGAACAAGCACCGAGGAACCUCACUUCUGUAAAGAAUUCUGCAAGUACAUGCUCCACAGCUGGCCCUCAGUGCCAUAUGCCUUCACAGCGAGCAUUAGGGAACCCAAAGCUGGGACUCAGCACUUCCGCAUUGUGUGACACACAUUUUCCACCAGCUUGGAAUUCAGAGACCUUGCUUCGGAGAACUACACACAUAAGCCUUAUCAACAAAGGGCAGUACCAUGCAGAAUGGGUGUGGGAGAGGAGAGGAGAGGAAAGGCAUCCCACCGAGGAGGUGUGGGUAACGGUUCCUUUCAGAUACCACCCAGGCUUCCGGCUAAGACCUGUUCCCCCUGAAGCAAACAAGAAUCUGCAAAUAAGGGGCCUGGUUUGCCCCUAGUGUAACUCAAUUAUGGAAUUUUACAGGGCCCUGGAAUUUGUGCCAAAUAACUGCCUGAUCUGAAAUAACAACAAACUGCAGUCUUGCUUCUUUCACCCCAACAGAUUUUUCCUCCUACCCUGCCAGGGCACCCUCUACAAAAGUGCUGGCCUACCUGGUGUGCUUUGGAUCACCCCAAAACUCUCUUGUAGAACCAUGGCAGGAUAAAAGAAGAUGGCAAAAUAGUAUGGACAAAAUCAGAUAGGUGAAUGAAUGGUUCAGGUGUGGAAGAUGAGCGUGCGACUAUCCUUUCACUCCCAUCUGUUCCUCUUUUCCCCAGCAUCCAAAACAAACCCCCUGGCUCCAAGGUUUGAACUCCAGCAUGAAAGACCCAUCUGCCACAAAUCUUUUAACACCUUCCCCUCUAAUUCUAAGAUGUCCAAAGCUGUCCAAAAUACUGGUGUAUGCUCCACACUCCCCAAGCCACAUGGCAUUCAUAAAAAAGGAUGUUCUAGUUUGGAGGUCCAGCAAAUAUAAUUACUUUUUUAAUACAUGUGCCAACCUAAGACAGCCUGAAGAAUUGUGCACGUGUGUGCACAUUGGGUACAUGUGGGACAGUGGGAGUCUAACCAGGUGGAUAAAGACACAGGACAACUUCACUGUUAUUUAAGGACUGCACAAGGGACCCUGUUUGCCCAUUACAGCAUGAGAAGAACUAUUUUAGACUCAAUGUCCAUUGCUCAGAUCUUGUGCUGAGGGGGCACCCUAUGAAUAAAUUUGAUAUGCUGACUUUUUCAGUGGCCCAGAAAAUGGUUGCAUCAAUUAGUUUCAGGAUUUCAAGAGUUAAUCCAAGCAGGUCUCCCUUAUCAGUAGGCCCAGCCCGCUGUUGUAGCACGGCAGUUACAGUGUGAACUUAGCACACCAUGCUCAGUGAUAUAGUGAAGACUCAGAAAAAAGCAGAUAAGAGGGUAAGUUCAUUUCCAGCUGCUCCUGGCAUGGUUUUCAUUUGUAGCACAGGCUCAGUACUAAGGACUAGGUCUGCACCUGCUACAGUCAACGCAAAUGCUCUCACUGAAGGCUUCUGGGGGACAAGAUCAGACAUCGAAAGCUCAGGUAGAAAGUUCUUCAAGUAUUCCUAUGGUGGUACUGAAGGUCUUCUUCCCCUCUUGCUGCUCCUCAGCAGAAAGCGGUCUUUUGGUUGGCCACUGGAUCCCAGAACAGAAUUCUGCAGUUAUCCUGGCUGUGGUCCAUUUUCCUUUUAUUCCUGUCCAGGUGAAGCAAUACCUCUCUGAAGUCCGGCAAGUGACUCAGGUCAAUGUUUCUGUACUGGGCACAUGGAGUAACUGCAAAAAGAAGGAAGAGAGCUUGAGUGAGUUCCUGGAAGAUCUUGGCACAAUCUUUUCCCAUGAGCCAUGGAUUCAGCUUUGCAAAGAGACAGACAGCAAGUUUUGGAGUUGUUCUAUUAUUCAGAAACACCCCAGUACUCCCAAGGAAGAUGAAAUUAUAUUGGUGUAUUAUGACCAACGCAAAGUAAUGCUUUCGCACCUCCAUCCCCCAAGGAACCUGACCAACUCCACUGAUCACAAAGCAGAGGAUGCCUCAAAACUAGCUGUCAUAUUUGACACAGUGGCAAAGAGCAAGGUACUGUUUAUGAAAGACAGAUAUGAUUAUGGGCCCAUCAAGCUGACCCAUUGGCAGUCAGAAGGAGUAGAAGCCAGUAUAAUUGUGGAGCUGAUGAAGCAAGCUUCCAUUCCUGUGUGUAUGCUGCUGACAUUUCUGCUUUCAUUUGUCUCCAGUGUCUGUAAAAGCAGAGUGCUGAAGUUUUGGCCUUUAUCUUUCAUAUGGAGUAAACUCUCAACUUGCGAACAAUUGGGGCACCGGUUAGAGCACCUUCAGGUCAUCAGCAGUAACAGGAAGGCUCAAAACCAGCCACAGCUAAUGAGGAAAGCCAACAUCUUUGUUUCUCUCCUCGCUGACGUGGCUCUGGGGAUACUGCUGAUGUCCUGGUUGUACAGAAAGAAUCGGAUUGGCCACCUUGCUGACACACUCAUCCCAGUAGCUGAUCAUGUCGCUAAAGAGCUCCAGGACCUGCUGCAAUGGCUAAUGGGAGUGCCAGCUGGUUUAAAGAUGAACCGAGCUUUGGACCAGGUGCUGGGACGGUUCUUUCUGUACCACAUUCACCUUUGGAUUAGCUACAUCCACCUGAUGUCCCCCUUCAUUGAGAUGAUCCUCUGGUAUGUUGGCCUGUCAGCUUGUCUAGGCUUGACUGUGGCUCUUUCCAUCCUCUCCGACAUAAUUGCACUCCUGACCUUCCAUAUCUACUGCUUCUAUGUCUAUGGAGCCAGGCUCUACUGCCUGAAGAUUUAUGGGUUGUCAUCUCUCUGGCGCUUAUUCCGUGGGAAGAAGUGGAAUGUCCUGCGACAGCGGGUGGAUUCCUGCUCCUAUGACUUGGACCAGUUGUUUAUUGGCACUUUGCUAUUUACGAUCCUGCUGUUUCUUUUACCCACCACUGCACUGUAUUACUUGGUGUUUACGCUGCUCCGCCUGCUGGUGGUGGUUGUGCAAGGCCUGAUCCAUCUGCUAGUGGACCUCAUUGACUCUCUACCCCUUUAUUCAAUCUUGCUUCGGCUCUGCAGAUCUUACCGACUCGCAGCUGGUGUGAAGUUCAGAGUCCUUGAACAGAAGACUGGAAAACCUCUUCGGCUUCUAAUGCAGAUAAACCCUCUGUCCUAUGGCAGCGUGGUGCAGACAUACAGGCUCCCAACCUACAGUUGUUACCCUAAGGAUUCCUGGGGGUCUCUCUGCAAAAAGUUGUUCCUGGGAGAGCUAAUCUACCCUUGGAAGCACAAAGGCGAGAAGCAGGACUAAACAGAAGGAAAGGAGCUGGCUGGGAAAGAUGCAGCCAAA